AUGGAGGUACAGGCCACACUGACCCUAUGGUCCAUCCUCCUGUUCCACAUCGCCAACUGGCUCCGGGACCUGGGAAGGCUGGUGCACUUGUUUGUCCUCUGCCUCCAAGCCCAGGUAACUGUUCAGUCCCCACCUAAUUUUACACAGCAUGUGAGGGAGCAGAGCCUGGUGACAGAUCAGCUCAGUCGGCGGCUCAUCCGCAUCUACCAGCUGUACAGCCGGACCAGUGGGAAGCAUGUGCAAGUCCAGGCCAACAAGAAAAUCAAUGCCAUGGCGGAGGACGGGGACCCGUAUGCGAAACUCAUCGUGGAGACGGACACCUUUGGGAGCCGGGUCCGCGUCCGAGGGGCGGAAACAGGGCUAUACAUCUGCAUGAACAAGAAGGGCAAGUUGAUCGCCAAGAGCAACGGCAAGGGCAAGGACUGCGUCUUCACGGAGAUCGUGCUAGAGAACAACUACACGGCGCUGCAGAAUGCCAAGUACGAGGGCUGGUACAUGGCGUUCACCCGCAAGGGCCGCCCCCGCAAGGGUUCCAAGACGCGGCAGCACCAGCGCGAGGUCCACUUCAUGAAGAGACUGCCAAAGGGUUUCCAGACCUCAGAGCAGAGCCACCGCUUCGAGUUCCUCAGCUACCCCUUCACCCGCCGCAGUAAAAGGACUUGGGACUCCAAACCCCGAUAGGCCACCCUGGGCCCGCCCUGCCCCCCGACACUGCCACCCAUACCUCGCCGAGUAGAGACUUUUCUAUGAGAGAUGGUUCCAGAGGAAAGACGAGGUGGAAGAGGAGGGGAGGGCCCUCCCAUCCACCCGUUCAUCCAUCCUCCCUGUCCCCUCUCCCCCCCACCGACUCCUCACCCCCUGGUUUUAGUUGUUAAUA